AUGAAGAUUUGCUCAAUAUUCCUUUUAGCAGCUAUUUGCACAACUUCAAGGGGAGUGCUUCCGCAUUAUUUGCCUGCAACCAGAGGUAACGCUCUUGCUCAAGACAAACUAAUUGAAACCUACAUUAACCUUGGAUUUGCUGCUCAAGAAACUGUUUUGUUUCUUCCAAGUGUGCGUGGUUUAUGUUUUAUUCUGAAACAUUUGAAAAGGAUUCUAAGGAGGCUGGGGUGUAGAAGACGUCGCUUUCACAGCGACCUAGAUGAAAAAGUACAGGUAGUGCAAGGGGAAUUAAGGGGAAGCGGUAGUCUUCUUGGGUACAGAGCAAUGCACCAGAGACUCGUGAAUCAUUACGGACUUGUUACUACGAGAGACCUUGUUCGGCAUGUAUUGAAGAUCUUUGACCCUGAAGGAGUGGAACACCGUUCAGGGCAUAGACUUCGAAGAAGGGUCUAUAGACUGUUAUGAAAAAUUGAAACCUUUCAAUAGAAGAAUUUUAUGGCUUGAGGUAGCAUCUUCAAAUAACGACCCCAAAAUGGUAGCUCAGUAUUACCUUGACUGUGUUAGGCAGUUAGGAGGUACUGCACGCAUUAUUCUGGGAGACAGGGGAACUGAGAUGGUGAACGUGGCAGCUAUUCAACGAUUCUUUCGCAGGUCCUCUGAGGAUGAUUUUUCGGGAGAAUAGAGUUCAUUUACGGAAAAUCAACUUCAAAUCAAAGAAUAGAAGCAUGGUGGGGACGUUUGAGACAGGGAUGUGCAGACUGGUGGAUAGAGUAUUUUAAGAAUUUAAGAGAUUCUGGUUUGUACAAUGAUAAGAACGUUAUACAUCGAGAAUGCUUAAAAUUCUGUCUCAUGGAUUUGAUGCAAGAAGAGCUACACAGAGUUGUCCUGGAGUGGAAUGUUCAUAGAAUUAGACCAUCUGCUAAUCUGGAAUCCCCUUCUGAGAAGCCAGAUAUUCUUUACUUUCUUCCGGAACUGAAAGGUGCGCAAGAUUAUUCUACCCUGAUCGACGUAGACAAAAUUGAAAUUGCAGACCAAAUGUAA